AUGGCUGCUUGUAAAAGUGCGUCUGAUGGAGGCUUUCCCAGGGAUUUUGCAUGGGGAGCUGCAACAGCGGCUUACCAAGUCGAGGGGGGCUGGGAUAUGGACGGUAAAGGUCCCAGCAUAUGGGACACUUUUUGCCACAGUAAAGGCCGAGUGUUUGAGGAUCACACUGGAGAUGUGGCCUGUAACAGCUACCAGCUUUGGGAUGAAGAUCUGAAGUGUAUCCAGCAGUUAGGCCUCUCACACUACCGUCUCUCCUUCUCCUGGUCACGGUUGCUUCCUGAUGGAACCACACGUUUUGUCAGCCCAGAAGGUGUAGCAUACUAUAACAAAGUGAUUGAUGACCUAAUCGCCAAUGCUGUUAUGCCCAUGGUCACCCUGAACCACUUCGACUUGUCUCAGGCUCUGCAGGACCGUGGUGGAUGGAAAUCUCCAGAGAUUGCAGAUGUUUUUGACUCGUAUGCUCAGUUUUGCUUUAAGACUUUUGGGGAUCGGGUGAAGCUAUGGAUUACACUGAAUGAGCCUUAUGUGUGUGCUAAGUUUGGGUACGAGAAUGGCCUGUUUGCCCCGGGCCUUAAAGAACCAGGGACCUCAGUGUACCUUGUAGGUCACAACAUGCUGCGUGCUCAUUCUAGAGCCUGGCAUAGCUAUAAUGCCCACUUCAGAUGCCUGCAAGGAGGAAAGGUGUCCAUAGCUCUUAACAGUGACUGGGCUGAACCUUUCGACCCGUGCUGUCCUGAAGAUGUGGCUGCCGCUCAACGAUACAUGGACUUUAACCUGGGCUGGUUUGCUUGCCCAGUGUUUGGAACAGGGGACUAUCCAGAGUCCAUGAAGUGCAGGAUUGAGGCCCAGAACAUUGAACUAGGAUUUACCAAGGGGCAGCGUUUGCCCAAGUUUUCAGAGAACGAGCCCAAGCCCUUAGGCACAGCAGAUUUCUUUGCACUGAACUACUAUACCUCGCGCAAAGUGAAGGACGCAAGCUCUCGUCCCAGUGAGCUCAGUUUCACAGGGGACCAGGGAGUGGAGGCGAUAAUAGAUCCAUCAUGGCCAGUGUGUGGUGUGUCCUGGCUUGCUGUUGUGCCUGAAGGACUGCGCAAGUUGCUAAAAUACAUAAAGGAGAUUUGCAGCAAUCCGACUAUUUACAUCACUGAAAAUGGCUUCUCGCAGGUUGGGCCUGUGGAACUGGAAGACCUUGAUCGCUGCCAGUUUUAUCAGGAUACACUUCAGCAAGUAUCAAAAGCCAUCACAGAUGAUGGUGUGAAUGUGAAAGGAUAUUUUUCCUGGUCACUUCUGGAUAACUUUGAGUGGGCAGAUGGCUUCAGUGUGAGAUUUGGCCUCUUCCAUGUGGACUUCUCCAGCACUGAGCUAAAGCGCACCAUGUACCGCUCUGGCAAAGAGUACGCAGCUGUAAUAAAAAGAUACCGCACCUACAACAAGCUGGACAACUGAAGUCAGCAGUCUGAGAUUUUAUACUAGACACUAAUUUAGAUGUUUAAAUGAACAACACCAAGAACGAACCAAAUGCCUGAAGUACUUUUUUUGAUGACUGUUUUUUGUAGGUUUUAAAACCCUGAAAUAUAAAAACUAUAGAAUGUAGACA